AUUUUCCUCUGCUAAUUUUUCUGUGUCAAAUGUGAGCAGAAUAUGAACUCGCAUCUCAAAAUUACUGUUUCCAGCGAAAAGCAAAAAUUGAUGUUAUUAUGAACCAAAGGAAUACCCAAGGCCUGUAAUGCACAUGAAAAUCCAUUCAAUUUUUGCAUUUCAUCAAAGAUGUUGACCUGUGAGCUGAGAGAUAUCCCUUGGUUUUCAAACAAAUACCUCGAGGAAGAUGGGAUUUUGGCUUCAAUCACUCUGCCUUUUAAUUUUAUUUUUGUUUUCCGAACUGGAAAAUUCUACCCCCUUGGGAGCAAAAUCCAAUGACUGUAUCAGAGAACUCUGGUGAAAAUAGAAGCAAAUGAGGUGACAUAAUUGUUUUACUUGCAACUAGUUCCUCACUUUGGACAAAAAGGUCAUUGCAUGGCAUAUAAAGAAACAAAAGGUUUACAAUUUCAGAAUUUUUGGGGUUAUUUUGUUGAUAGUUCAUUAAAUGAUUCAAAAAAAUCUCAUAAACUAUAAAAAUCUGGGAUCUUGUGAAAGACAAAUCUGCCACUUAACCGGGAGGAUGAUGUUUCCAGUUAUCUCAUCCGAUUAAUCCAAGAACUGAUGAACUGAAUUCAGUCUUUCUAUGGCUGCAUCACUCUCAUUUUCUCUCACUCUCUCCUCUGAUCCACAACCCCAUCAAAGACUACCCUUCUUUUUCUUAUCUCCAAAUCAUAAACGCACAUUUUUACCUUUCCACAAAUCGUACCGUUUCAAUUUCAAAUCCUCCUCUUCUUCCUCGUCGCACCCCUCUUCUUCAACAACAACAGAAACAACUAGUGCUUCGGCUACCUAUUCAAAUCUUGAGGAUUCAUUCAAAGUAGGGAGGUUUUUGAGCAAUGAAGAGAUUGAGAAGCUUCAGAACCUUCAGAAUUUUAGAUACUAUCAAGAACUGGAAACUGGGUCGAUGUGGGUUAGGGUGAUGAGGCCAGAGGAGAUGGAUAUCACUGUUAAAUUGCUGGCUGAGUCUUUUGCUGAGUCUAUGUUGUUGCCUGUGGGGUAUGUGUCUUUGUUAAUGUUUCUGGUAAAGCAAUACUUGAUUGAGAGGAGAGCUGUGAUGCCACAUGCUGUUACACUUGUUGGGUUUUAUAAAGGGAAACAGGAGAGUAAUGGGGAUGGGGAAGAAGAAGAGCAGGGGGAGGAGCUGGCAGGGACCGUGGAGGUUUGUUUUGAUAAGAGAGGUGCAAAUGCUUCUCCUCCUACGCCAACUCCUCCCAAGAAUUCUCCUUACGUUUGCAACAUGACUGUUAAGGAGCCACUUCGUAGGAGGGGCAUUGGUUGGAAUCUUCUGAAGGCAAGUGAGGAACUAAUUUCUCAGAUGAGUUGCACAAGAGAGGUGUAUUUGCAUUGCAGAAUGAUUGAUUCAGCCCCCUUUAACAUGUAUACAAAAGCAGGCUACAACGUUGUUAAGACAGAUAGUGUAUUGGUCCUUUUAAUGUUGCAGAGACGCAAACAUUUGAUGUGCAAGAAACUUCCAAUCUUAAAGAAUCCUUCAGAACUUGAUUUCUUGGACUCUGACAUGGAACUUUUUUCACAAUCGGAUACACAGAUGCCAUGAUAUGUGUUUCUAAGGUGCAUCAAACAGUUUCGCCAUGUCCAGUUUCUUCAGGAUAUUGUUAGACUGGAUUUUGGUGAUCAUACAAUCUGGUUGAUUAUGGUAGGAAGCUGGAUCUGAUUAUGUGAUGUCUCCUUCGCUUGUAAUUUUUCACAAUUAUGGUAGAAACCUGUUGUGCUCCAGGUAACUUGCACCAGAUUCCCAUUUUGCAGAUAUUCAUACACUAGAAACCUGUGCUUCCCAUCAGCGCAAUAUCCUAUCAAGGAUACCAGAUUUGGGUGGUUGAGCCUGCUCAAGAUAUCAACUUCUACACGAAACUCUCGUUCUCCUUCAGCUUCUUUAAAUGGUGGCAACUCCAUUUUCUUGAUUGCUACAACCUUUAUAUUGCAGAAGAGAAGCAAGUUCGUUUGUAUUCCUAUUAUGUGGUAUUGAUGAUUAACAACUCUUAACUAUUUUCCUGUUUUAUAUUCUGGAAUUUAAUCGAUUCACUGAAAUUUUUGUUCUGAAACAAAAUUAUAUUAGUGUUGUUGGUCUAUUUGGGGUGUUCUGAAUUUUAGACUAUAUUUGUGAAUUAUUUCAUUUUCAUCAA